CUCAAUACAAAAUCGAAAUCUCAAGUCUCAAGAUAUAUUCUGAGAUUGAUAGAUCAUCACAAAUAUAUGCGUGUCAGUUUCAGCGGAUUCUCUAAUCUUUGUUCAUGCUGUUUCACGUGACAGAGUUGACAUAUGAGAGAUAUCAUUGGCGGUGAAUCCGCAAACGUUAUAGAAGAUCGCUGUCUCUUAUUCUAGGGUCUCCGUGCAUUGUCAGAAGUGAUGGAAACGGGGAAACCUCUUAACUGUCUGAAAAUGGAUUCCUUCAAACUCAUGGAGAGCAGUCAGAUUUUCACCAUGAAUUGGUGCUCAGAAGGAGAGAGGAUGGGGAGCAUGUAACGUCGUCGAUCAGCUGUGAAAUGGGCGGAGCGCUGUUGGACGUUGUGUUGCUACCGGAAAAAAUCAGUGCUUUGCCGUUGGUGAUCAUAUGAUCCAAUUUGAUCCCAGUGCUGAAGAUAAACGACAGCGCAGCACUGGCUCUGUCCCACCAGCCUCUUGAAGCUCGCAUGAAUUGCUGCAAGAAUAAUGUGUUGAUGCUGCGAGCUAGGGCCGAAAGAGUUUUCAGCUGAUAACAAGUAACAACAAUGUCUUAUCCCACCACUGAUUGCUCUUGUACGGACAAACCUCCAAAGAGAUUUCAAUAAUUGUCGUUUACAGUGUGAUGAUAUAUAAAUUUAUAAUUAUGCAAAAAGCAAUUUGGUCAUGGCAGGGUCACCAUCGACCAAAUGAUCAGGUGGUAGCAUUCCCCUUAUCCAAACAAAUAUCUUAACCUACUUUCUCCCCCCCCCCCCCACAAUCCAAUUAACCAAAAUUAAUUUGUUUCCUCUGCUUUUCUACAAUUAUAUAAUGCAAAUCCGGUGAUCCACUAUCUUCAACCAACCACUAUAAAUACUGGAGAAGAAAUCUCAAAGUCCACCAUAGAGGAACCUGAGUGAUUGCAAUAUUCCCCCACACUCAUCAUCAUCUUCCCGCUCUAUUAUCAUAUUAUAGAUACUUCCCGAGCUCAUACACGAAAGCUGAUCAGAGAGAAGUCGCGGUAAGACAAUGGACAGAGUGAGAGAUUUGGCAUCGAACAAGGCUGCUGUGAUAUUCACCAAGAGCUCGUGUUGCAUGUGCCACAGCAUCAAGCAACUGUUCUAUGAGCUGGGAGCCAGCCCAGCAGUGCACGAGCUCGACACUGAUGCGUAUGGGAGAGAAAUGGAGAGGGCUCUGAGAGGCAUGGGCUGUAACCCUUCAGUUCCAGCAGUCUUCAUUGGAGGAAAAUUCGUGGGCUCGGCCAAAGAUAUCAUAUCCCUCCACGUCGACGGCUCUCUCAAACAGAUGCUUAUAAAUGCCAAGGCCAUAUGGUUUUAAUCAGCAGGCUUGGCUUCGACCUUUUCAUCUCAAAGAAGCUCCCUGUACUACGAUCACACGUGAUGCUACGUAGUGUAAGAGGAGUGGAGUUCUGAUGCAAGCAAUCUAGUCUCACUGUUUUUACAUAGGACACCCCUGCUUUUUCUUGUGUCCUGUUAAUUUUAGAGAAUGAAGAAGUGUUCAUAAAAAAUAGCCUUUUUUUGGUAUUUUCUGAAAAGGCUGACUUUAUAUAUACAUAUAUAACCACUACUGUUUAACAGUUAAUUA